UCUUCUUUCCAAGCUCGACUGUAUUUUACUACAACGAUGUUCCAGCGGAUACGUAUAUGCAUUACUACGCACUACUUAAUAUGUGCUGCGUAAAGCCGGAGCGUUUAAACGGGGUUUGCCAGCUGACGAAGAUGGACUGGCCCACGUCCACGGGACACGUGACGCCGAGCCGAGUGUAGACACCAUGCACACAUAGCAGCGCCAAACCCCGGAUUAUUUCCCUUACUCGAGCUUUAGCUGACACAAUUUUUCCAGGGAGGCAGAGAAAAUGAGCAGGGUGGGGACGAGAUCCGCCGAGGUGCGGGGCAAGCAGGCCAUGGAUGACGAGAAGCAGCUCAAGAAGCAAAAGACUGGCGGUGGUGGCGACGCCAAGAGCCGGGAGCAAGACGUCAAGAACUUCCACGAGUUUGUGGAGAAGCUCAAGAGCAAUGUGUCCGAGGAGGAGGCGAGGGCGAUCCUUUCCGAGAACGCCCAGGAGAUGGAUUCUUCCAUCUCCGUUUACGAGCAUUGUGCUGAUCAAAUGAUGUACGGGCCGCUGGAGCCUUGCCCAAGCUGCGGUGGUGCGCUGAAGUUCGCAGUUCACGAGUACACUUGCACUGGCUACAUUUCCGAGUGGUCCAAAUGUGGCUUUUCUACAAAGAAUGUUCCACGCAAGAAAGAGCCGCUCAAGAUUCCAAAACAGCUGAAGAAUGACUACAUAACCAAGUGGGAGCAAGAACACGAUACCGAAAAGAGGCCUGUGCGGCAUACGGAAGAUUCGGCAAAGCCUGCUCCCGGAAAACCGUUUUCUGGAAUGCAUAUUUUACUCGCUGGCCGGACUAAACGUCCGCAGUACAAGUUGCGAGGGGACUUCGAAAAACACGGUGGCAAGGUUGCGCACGCUCUGAAAGAAGGCAUAACUUGCUUGGUAGUAGCUGAGAGCGACUUGUCAAGCGGUGUCUACGCGAAGAUAGGCGACGCCAGGUCCAAAAACAUUCCUGUCGUCAAGGAAUCCUGGCUUCAGGAUUGUUUAUCAAAGAACGAAGUCUUAGAUUUUGCGCCUUACCUCUUCGGCGCUCAAGCUGAGGGCGACAAACGCGCUGCGAAGAAACAACAGGUGGACCAAGGUGUGGCUGCAGAUCAAAACGUGGACAGUAGCACCUACUUAACUGAUGAAAUAAAACUGGCGGGCAAGAAGUAUGUUCACAAGGACAGCGAGCUCGACAAAGAAGGAGGGCGUGUGUUUGAACACGAAGGGAUUGUCUACAAUUGCGCAUUCUCUAUCUGCGAUCAGACAAGUGGCCUCAAUCAUUGUGCCGCCCAGCAGCUUGUUCAAGUGCCGGAUGGCACUCUCUAUUUUUACCACAAGAGAGGUCGACUUGCGACUGGCGUGCCUGUGAACGAAAGGAUGGACGAGCAGACUGAUGUCAACAAAGCUAUCCAUAAUUUUGCUGCAUUGUUCAAAGAGAUAACUGGAAACGAGUUUGAAGCAUGGGAACGAGAGAAGAAGUUCACAAAGAAGCGUUCAAAGUUCUAUCCUGUGGACAUGGAUGAUGUGUGCGACGCGAGGGCAGGAGGACUGCAAGACCAGCAGCUUGGUGUUGUUGCUGUGCAUUGCAAACUCGAUCCAAAAGUUGCCCGAUUUUGCAAGUGCCUAUUCAGUCAAGCCGUCUACAGGCAUGCAAUGUUUGAGAUGGGAAUCAACUCGCCGGAGCUACCUCUAGGAAGUCUCUCGGAGUUUCACUUCAAGCGAUGCGAGGAGUGCCUCUUGGAGUUUGCAGACUUCUUGCGGAAGGAAUCUGACAGCAAGAAACACGAACAAAUGUGCCUGGACUUCAGUAACAAGUGGUUUUCGCUGGUUCCUUCAACUCACCCGACCGUCAUCAGUGAUAUUGCUCACCUCACCGAACUGGGUGCAAGCGUACUGGAAUCUCUGAAAGCGAUAUCAGUGGCAUCACAUAUCAUAGGUGAUAUGACUGGUGACACAUUGGACGAUCCUUUAUCCGAUCGCUACGCUAAGCUUAACAGCACCAUGACUUGCGUGGACAAAGAAAGUGACGAUUAUAAGAUGGUUCAGAAAUACCUGGAGAAAACUUACGAGCCAGUUAAGUAUGACGAUGUGUCUGUCAGCAUUGUCAUGGAGGAGUUAUUCAUGGUUGAAAGCAGUGCGGGACCUUCGUUCGAAGAAGUCGACAAGCUGAAAAACAAAGUGCUUCUUUGGUGCGGAACAAGGACUUGCAAUCUUAUCAGCACUUUGGCUCAGGGAAUGCAGCCGGCAAUCUACAACGCUCCUGUUCCUGGCUACAUGUUUGGCAAGGGUCUCUACUGCACCGACGCGUCGUGCAAAGCAGCUAGCUACGCCUUCACUGGAGUGGACCGACCAGAAGGAUUUUUGAUGCUGGCCGUCGUUGGCCUGGGCGAUAAUGUGCUCGAGCUUCCAAAACCAGAAGAGGACGUUGCCAAGUACGAGCGCGAGAAGGUUGCGAUCAAGGCCCUGGGAAAGAAGCUUCCGGAUUCAUCAGAGUACUUCAAAUGGAAAAACAACAUCACGGUUCCUUGCGGUGCCUUGAAGUCAUCUGGUCGUGACGAUUGCACACUCGACUACAACGAGUAUGUUGUCUAUGAUCCAAAGCAGGUGAAGUUGCAGUACAUAGUCCAAGUUCGCUACGAAGAGAAGUGAAAGAGAGAGGUGCUGACUUUGCUAAGGAGAAUCAUUUUUCCUGUGGUUGAUAUUACGUAGAUGUAAAGAACACUGAUAAGUUAUGGUUUCCUCCUCGUCAAUGCCACGGCAACGCCAAAACGAGAAAAGGAAAAAUUGAAAUGUUGAA